AUGCCCGACAUGCAAGGCAAGGUAUUUGCCAUAACCGGUGCUGGCUCGGGCAUCGGCAGAGCCACGGCUGUGAGGUUAUCAGAGCUGGGCGCUCAAGGCGUCGCAAUCAGUGACGUGAAUGAGGCCAUGUUGGAGGAAACAAGGCAGCAAUGCAGCCGGUAUGCGACGAAAGUGACGGUAAAAAAGGUCGACGUGGCCAAUACCGACGAGGUUGAUGAGUGGAUUCGCGACGUCGUUCGGGAUCAUGGCCGGUUAGACGGAGCGGCCAAUGUCGCUGGCAUCGCGGGCGGCGAGGGCCAGAUUACAGAGGCGCUUGUCCAAAAAGACUGGGAACGAAUGAUCUCGGUGAACCUGACCGGCGUGAUGAACUGCAUGCGGGCCCAACUCCGAGAGAUCUCGCGGCCGGGUGGCGCCAUCGUCAACGUGUCCAGCACGUCAGGCCUGCGCGGUCUGGCGCGCAAUGCGGCGUACGCGUCGAGCAAAUUCGGCGUCGUAGGGCUGACAGAGUCGACGGCCGCAGAGUACGGGAAGCUGGGGGUCCGCGUCAACGCCUUGUUACCAGGUCCAAUCGACACCAAGAUCUUCCGCGACGGCGAGAAAAAAGGCCUGUUUGACUCCGACCUCCUCAGCGCCGGCACCCUGCUGGGCCGAAUGGGCCAAGCGGACGAAGUGGCCAAGGUCCUGGUGUUUCUGCUGAGUGACGAUGCAUCGUACGUGACGGGCGGUCUGGAUGAGUUGGGCCUGUUGGAGAUGGAUCGAUUGACCAUGCCGUCGGUCUUAGACAACUCUUUCAAUGGCUGA